AUGCCUCUAACGAUUGAUUUCUCUGGCCAGACUGUCAUAAUCUCUGGCGGAAAUCGAGGAAUCGGAGCUGCUAUAGCAGAAACAUUUGCGGAAGCCGGUGCAAACAUUGCGCUUCUUUACAACACGGGUGAAACCGAAGCGUCCUUACACGCUAGCUCACUCGAGCAAAAGUUUAAAGUAACCGUCAAGCCAUACCAGUGCGAUACAACUGUACCUGCUCGUUCGGCUGAGGUAAUCGCGCAAGCCGCACAAGAUUUUGGGAGACUGGACGUAUUGGUUUGUAAUGCCGGUGUAUGCAAACACAUUGAUGCGGUCGAUACUCCAGAAGAAAUUGUUGACUGGACGCUGGGUGUGAAUGUCAAAGGUGUAUUUUUCUUGUGCCAAGCUGUCGCAAAGCACUGGAUUUCGGUUAAACAGCCUGGCUCUAUUGUUGUCAAUUCGUCCAUGAGUGGACAGAUUAUCAAUACCCCACAACGUCAAGCCAUCUACAACGCCAGCAAAUCGGCUGCAACUCAACUUGUCAAAGCAUUCGCCUUUGAAUGGGCCGAGCACAACAUCGAGUUAACGCAGUCUCGCCUGGCAAUGGGAAAUCAGGAAAUGCAGAAAGUUUGGCUGGAGCGAACGCCUUUGAAAAGGAUGGCCAGUCCUGCGGAGAUUGGCAAGUCGGUCGCUUUCCUUGCGAGCGGAUUGUCAACUUAUACGACCGGGUCGGAGCUAUUGGUGGAUGGAGGAUACUCUAUUCUUUAA